CGAAGCGACACACUCUCAUAGGCUCGUCUUAAAUUCAGCAGGUACAACCCUGCUUCGUCCCCCAUGGCAGCCAACGUACUCGCUGUCGCUUCCAACCUUUCUUCAUUAUUCGGCAAAUCCUCCUCACUCUCCUCAUACACCUUACAUUCCUCUGCCCCUUCCCCAGCUUCUUCCUCCUCUCAUCUACCCAGUACCUCCGCCUUAUCCUCUAAACCUUUGACAGUGGGACUAUGGAAGGUGGUAGGUGCCACACAUAACUCAACGUCCAAAGAUGUUUCUGUGUGGGUGUUCGAGAAGAAGAUUCUCGAUGGUAUUCGGGGAGAUUCUUCCGGACGUACGACCCAUGCUGCCAGAGAAUGGGUCAUAGAACAGCUUAAGAAAGAAGCAACAUCCCUUGGGAGAUUGAGACAUCCUGAUAUACUUCACAUGGUUGAACCUUUGGAAGAAACUCGAUCCGAGCUCACUUUCGUCACUGAGGUAGUCACUUCCUCUCUCGGUAUCCUCCUCUCCGCAGUUUCUGGAUCUUCAAAAAGACAAAACGGACAAAGUAGACCUCCUGGUAUGGAAGGAACGGAGGAAGUGGAUCUGGACGAAGUAGAAAUUCAAAAGGGUACUUUACAAAUAGCAAAAGGAUUGAGAUUCUUACAUCAACAAGCUAGGAUGGUUCAUCUCAAUCUGUCUCCAGAGGCUAUAUUGAUAAAUUCAAAAGGAGACUGGAAGUUAUCAGGAUUGGGAUUGACCACCCCUCUCACUCAACCUGACGGAUCGGCGACAAAGUAUGUUUACCCAGAAGGCGAUGGUAGAUUACCUCCUCAAGUACAAUGGAAGCUUGAUUAUUUAGCUCCUGAAUAUGCUCUGGACGCUACUUUGACACCUGCUUCAGAUCUCUAUUCACUAGGAUGUGUACUUUAUGCGGUACAUAUGGGAGGGAAACCUCCUUUUCAGAACCGUGGUUCUAUGCAAAGCUUGAGGGAAAAUGCAGAGGGAUCUUUGAUAAGACGAGAUUGGGCGAGUGGGUCUAGAUGGGAGAGACAAAGUUCUGAGCUUAAAGAUCUGCUGCCUAGAUUACUUACUCGACAACCUUCUACAAGAAUAUCACUUGCUUCUUUACCUUCACAUCCUUUCUUCUCUUCCUUGGCCAUCAACACGCUCAAUUUCCUAGAUCCUACUACCUUUGCCUCCAAACCGCGAGAGGAGAAAGCUACCUUUUUACGUGGAUUGGUCAGAGUCUUACCAAACUUCUCUGAUAGAUUACGGAAAGGAAAGAUCUUACCUAGUUUAUUAGACGAAAUGAAAGAUUCAUAUUUAUUACCUUUUCUCCUCCCUAAUGUCUUUGAGAUCUCACGAUCUUUGACCAAAGAUGAAUUCACCUCCGUACUUCCCAAGCUCAAGCCCCUCUUUGCGCUCAAAGAUCCGCCACAGAAUAUGAUGACUUUGCUGGAACAUCUCUCUUUGUUUGAAGAAAAGACCAAUCCUCCUAUAUUUCGAGAACAUGUCAUGCCUCUCAUAUAUAACUCUCUCGAAUGUGAACAUUUGCCGGUCCAAGAGAAAGCUCUCAAAGCUGUACCUCACCUUUGCGAAGUUCUCGAUUAUAGUACGGUACAAAAUGUCCUUCUAGUCAAAGUAGCUAUUCUUUUCACUAGAACUCGGAUACUCUCGGUGAAAGUUCAGACUUUGGAAUGUUUCGAAGCCAUGGUGAAAACUCUAGACAAGGCGACAUUGACUACGAAGCUGGUACCUCUUUUGGCCAAGAUCAAAACGAAAGUGCACGCAGCGAUGGGAGCCAAAGUCGAUCGUGAAGCCAUCGCCACUUUGGUUCUUCCUCAACUUUGGGCAAUGUCCAUGGGUCCUCUUCUCAAUGCUGAGCAAUUCGGUCGUUUCAUGCAGGUGAUAAAAUCUCUUGGGAAUAGAGUGGAAAGUGAACAUAUGCAACAUCUCCGUGAUGUUCGACGAAUAGAACAACAAACAGCAAGUUUCAAUACCGAUAUCAGUAUCGGGACCGAUCCCUUCGCUACGAACGGAUUCAAUAGUGGAGAAAUGGACUUUGAAUCUUUGGUAAAAGGUUCCUCUACUCCUACUAUCUCCGAACCACAAGUACAAGUGACAGAUCCUUGGAAUGACAAUUCUUGGCUUAAUGGAACAUCCGAUUCUUCUCUAUCAAACGAAUUCAACGCAAUACUUCAACCUUUAUCCUCUACCACUUUCCCUUCCACAUCUAACAAUACUUCGCCCGUGCGUUCACCUGCAUUACCCAGUCCAAGAGGUGGUGGAUCAUCUAAAUUGAAAGCUAGACCUGUUCCUUCUUCCGCAUUCAACACAUCAGCCUUUGAAUCCAUCCCUACUCUCGCACCACCCACUUUAUCAUCCCCACCCGUACCAUCAGCUCAACCUUCCAUGUCUACACCGAGUUAUAGCCCCUUUCAGUCCAUUCAACCUGAUCCAAAGCCCGCAACUCAUAAUCUUAGACAAAUAUCGGGCAAUAAACCAAAUUACAAUAUCUCACUCGAUCCACAAAUCCCUGCUAUCCAAUCUUCUAACACCUUGUCCCCACCUAGAAUGACAAGUUCAUUCUCAACUCCAUCAAUACAGCCGAUGCAAAGUCUGCAAACCCUUCAACCCCAAUCAACAACUACUUUCUCUUCAUCUGUUCAAUCUCAAAAUUCGACCCCUCAAUCAACUCAAUCAGCGCAACCUACGGUGAAACCACCACCGGGAUGGACACCAGGAUUGAUGCAACCUACCCUUGUACCCAAAACUGUUCAGCCAGCCUUGGGCAAGAUGAAUUGGGACGAUUUCGAUCCAUUGAAAUGAUAUACGUCGAUUUUUCUGGCCCAUGACAUACAGUAUCAUUGUGAUACCCCUCAUUUAGAUAUUCUUAUAUUGUGCAUAUGCAUCAUUGACAACUUGG